AUGGGAGACGCCUACUGGAGCCCGUUGCGUACGGCAUCACUGAACGAAAAAAGUGCCAAUCAUAGAAUCUUCAAAUUACCGCGUCUGAUUGUACAUAGUGACCAUCUUUAUUUGCAAAAAAAUGAUGAAAAUAAAUUGUCGUGUCAAAUUGAACCGGGGUGGCGCAGUGCCAGGUUUUCUGGUAAAGUUAUUUGGUUCAAAGAUGGUGCACCAAUUACUGAAUUGACGCGGCUAAAGGAUCGUGAAAUUUUUGAACAAGGCCCAACGUUGUCCAUACGUUCCGGUCGUUCAUAUGUCGAGGGCAAUUAUCAGUGCAAAGCCGAAGUUGAGGGAGUGCAUCUUUCCGGGGACAAGAAGGUUUCAGUUAAGCUCAUAUCAGGUCCGCUCAAGUUACGGAAGGCUCGAAUAGCUCGGUUCUCGGACUCAUUACCAUUGGUCGUGGAAGCUGAGUUUGGCGAAAUUGCCCGUAUACCAUGCGAUGGUCUCCCUGAUGUAGUCCCAGGUCCUCCUGCUAUUGGUUUUCAUAAACAGGAAGAUAAAAAGUUUGUAAAUUACUGCGCUGAAUUUAUUUCACAACUUCAUGAUUUGCAUGCUCUAAAGGAAGAACUUUUUUGUAAGAACGGUGCGUUCCCUUGGUCUGGUCAGUGUCAAUUUGCGUUCAAUAGAAGAGGACAAAACUCAAUUGCACAUGCUUCAAAAUUCCUAACCUCAUCUGAACGAAAUUACUCUCAAAUUGAGCAGGAAACAAUUAUUUUUGAUGAACUGGUCUUUUGA